AUGAUGGACAACUCGGCCAAUUGGCGCAUACCAAAGUCUAUGUCCGAAGUGAUUACUGGAUAUAUUGGUGACAUAAGGAGCAUCCAGAGGCUUUGGCUUGGCUAUGGUGGCAACUACGUGGCCGAGAUCUCGGACGAUGAUUAUCAGUACCACCUCGAUGAUUACAACGACCUUAGGGAACAUAUGGAAGAUAUAGAGGAAGAGAUUUAUCUGGAAAACAUAACCAGCGAAGGGCCGUCAAUCAAGAUCCUAGAGGAUACAUUCUGA